AUGGGUGUAAAUUUGAAUAGCCAUGUAUUGACAUCAUUGGCAGUUAGAAGUGCAUUAUUAUUUACAGGAAAGAAUCAAUUUUGUGGUUAUUCUUCGGAUGCUAAAAAAACGCUUCGGGAUUAUGAGCCAUUGACGUUGAAAGAGCCUCCACUGAUGCAACCAUCAUCAUCGGUAGUGGAUCAUCAUGAGGUCAAAGAAGGCACUAUUUUUUCAUCAGCAGCCAAAGCAACAGACUCCAUCAUCAUCGGGAUGGCCUUGAUAAAUUCUUUUCUUUCCAUUUUGAUCCAUCGCAUUCAAGAAUUAGCAAUUUCUCAAUUAUUGAAAAAAACAAACAAAAAGAAACAUUUUUGUAUUGGAGCUCAAACAGGUACUGGAAAAACUCUUUCCUACUUGUUACCAAUUUUAACCAAGAUGAAACAUUUGGAGAAAUUGGGUCUUGAAAGACAAACUCAAAGACCCAAAGUACUCAUUAUUGCUCCUACUCGUGAAUUGGCAAGUCAAAUUUUCAAAACUACAAAAUAUUUGAGUCAUUCUAUGAAAUUUAGAAGUGUUUUACUGAGGAGUGAUCUUUCAAAAUCGAGAAUGAAACGAGAUUUACAUUCCAAUGUUGACGUUGUUGUAGCGACUCCGACUAUUUUCAACGAAUUGCAUUCUGAAGGUCAUGUCUUCUUCUCAGACGUUCGAUAUGUUGUGUUGGAUGAAGCCGAUACGUUAUGUGGAAAAGAUUUUUUACAGGAAUUGGAAAAGAUUGUGGUUCCAUGUUUGCAACGAGGUAAACAUGUGAAUGAAUUUGUGCAAUUUGGAUUUGUUUUUGCAACCUAUAAUGCGAAUAUUGAGCGAUUUAUUAAUCACUAUUUCUCUCAAGAUGCUUCUGCAUUUCAUUUAAAUGAUGACGCAAACAAGAAAAAUACGAUUGACACUAUUACGAAAGAUAACACGGAACAAUCCAGCAAAUUGGAAAAAAGCGAACAUACAUCCUCUACGCAACCAAACUCAUCACCUCCAUCCAAUAUGCUCUAUAUUAUCGACAAGGAUAUGCACAAGCCAACAUUGCACAUUCAACACAAAUUUAUCGCCAUGACUGAUAAUAAGGACAAGUUGGAGUACCUUUUGGAACGAGUUUUGAAAUUGAAAAAUCAUAUCAAGUUAACCAAGACCCUCGUUCAAAGUCUUGGUUUAGAACAAACAACGAACAACAAUGACGAUGAACAGAUAUCUAUGGAGGAAUCCUCAAAUGCAGAAUUGUUGGAGAUGCCAUCAUCCAGUCAUGCUUCAUCUUGUGCUCCUGAACGAGUCUUAAUCUUUUGCAACACUGUGAAAAGUUGUCGUGCCGUCCAUCAUACCCUCACCCAACAUGGUCUGGAAGCAAGUUGUUUCCACGGAGACAUGCCUCAUGAACGACAAUCUGAAGAAUUUGAUUCAUUCAGCUCUGGUCGUCUAAGCAUUAUGGUUGCAACAGAUAUUGCCUCUCGAGGUUUGGAUAUUUUGAAUCCUGUCGAUCAUGUAGUCAUGUUUGAUUUUCCACUCAAUUCCAUUGAUUACAUGCAUCGAGCAGGACGAACUGGAAGAAUGAAAGCACAAGGAAAAGUCACAAGUCUUUUGAAUCGUAAAAAAGAAGCAGCGCUUGCCAAAGUCAUUGAAUAUUCCAUCGUUACCAAACAACCCCUGACCAAUGUCAAUGUUGAAAAUGCAAUUGACAUGUAUGAAGAGAUGAAAUAUGAGCAUCAUAAGAAGAAGCAAAUCCAAAAGUAUGGAGAGGAAUCAAAGAAGAGGAGAGGAAAAUUCGGUGGCACAACGACCUCUUCAAGAACAACGAGUCGCUCCAAGAUUGGGAAAAUUUCAAUUGCCAACCCCACGAAAUUUACCAAACAAGCAGCCAAGCUCAACAAGUGA